UAGCAAAAUGGGGGAUAGUAAAAGACCACGAUCCAAGACACAACGAAGUCCGAGUUCGAAUAGUCUGAAAGCAGAGAGACAGAGGUCACAGAGCAAGGCUGAACCUCAAACACCAGACGUCGAGCCAGAGCCAGAAGCGAUCGAGAAUGUUCUUCCCUGGGAAAUCUUCAACAAAGACCAGAUCACGGAGUUGUUGUCGUGCACACCAACUGAGAUGCUCUCUAAACUUAACACCCUCAUACCAUCCCCAAACACCCACGUUAACUUAAAGAAUAGUAUCAAAGCAGACCUAUACCUCUUAGUCUUACAUUUUGCUCAACAGCAGCAUUUCUUAGAGGACCAAGCAGGGGCUAUCGUUACACUCUAUCAACAUAUCCUAAACAUGGUUCUUGAGGGUAAGGAGCUGAUGGCUCUUGUUCUAGAAACUUCCCUGCUGUUAACAUGCCAGAAGGAGUUCACACCAGGCAUGAAGUUUAAUUUUUUCAACCCAGACCAAGUCAGCAAGAUAUCAAAAUACUUCUCAAUGGGAGUUUUCCAACAUUUCAAACUGUACCGCUUUAGUAUGCUUCAAGAACAAGAUCAAAAUAUCAUUAGUCUGGAGAAAAUUGUCCACACCUGUCCACCACAAGGGUCCUUCGAUCCACCCCCACUUGCAGAAGCUAUAUCGGAACACGAUAUUGAGUCGUAUCUGAACGCUUCCCCUCCAGAAUCACCUCGCUCAGAGGAGGAGGUAGCGGGUGAGGAGGGUGAGCUGGGAACUGAAGAGCAGGUCGAACAACCUAACCCUCUUAUCUCAAUGGCUAACGUUCAGACUGUUCUCGAUACAGUUGGCAACGACAUAAUGGACAAGUUUACAAAAGACAUGAAGAAUAAGUGUACCGAGAAGGAAAAUCAGUAUGUGAACAGGUUGAACAAGGUCAAGAAGGCUCUAGAUUGAAGAUUUUAUAUUUGACUGUAGCUGUCGUUGAUUCGAUUUGGGUCGUUGAUUUCGCUGUGGGUCUAAGGAGUUUAAAAAAGAGUGAGGCAUUUUCCCAACUCCCAAAAUAUGUACUUCAACAAUAAAAAUGUGGGGAAUGCGUUUGCUUGACAUGUUACGAAUUAUGGUAAAUUAUGAGAAACGAGGGAAAUAUUUUCUGGUUCAGUACUAUUCUGAACAUUCUGAGAAUUACGAAUUUUAUGAAAUCAGAUUUCAAUUUGAGAAUUUCCUGUGAAAAUGUGAUCUUUACGUAUGGUUUAACUUUUGAUA